UAGUUUUAAAUGACUUUAUUGUCUUUCGAAGAAUUCUCCACGAAGCACAUAUUCCACUCGUUUGCUGGCAGAUCCAAAACGUCAUUCUUGAAUGCGCCAACUGCUUCUUCUGGUGACUGGAACCUUUGACCACGCAGUCUGUUUUUAAUUUUUGGGAAAGUAAAGAAAUCGUUAGGACUUAGAUCGGAACUAUAUGGAGGAUGGUCCAAUAAUUCCACGUU